GCUGAGCAUAGCGUUACUGGUCAGCAUGGCCUCUGAUGUUAGCUCCGUCCAGCCAUGGACAUACGCUGCUGGAGGCGAGGGGUAUUUAGAGGGAUAUUUCUGGCAUUAGCUCAGUCCCCUGGUUUUACAGAAGCCCGGCUGAGCUGCGUGCAUUCAGGCUUUGAGGUCUCUAGAGCCAAAGCCUUUCUGUUUCCUGAACUCCAGGGGAUCAUCCGAACCUGACCUUUGGAGAGGAGGUACUCCUCAUCAUUUUGGGAACACCAAAGAUGUCCCUCGUUGCAGUGCCUUUCUACCAGAAAAGACACAAGCACUUUGACCAGUCAUAUCGAAACAUCCAAACCAGGUACCUCCUGGACCAAUAUGCAUCAAAAAAGCAGGCAACCACCCAGUCAUCCUCCCAGAGAUCUCUUACAGAGAGGUCCUCUUCGAAGAGAGCUUCUAGUCAGAGCUCUGCUGGGGCGAUGACCACCUGCAGGGUCUGUGCAAAGCGGGUGAGCGCAUCAGAAGAGGAGGAAGUUGAAAAUGAAAAUAGGUACCGGUCUCUAACGGCUUCUUACGGAGAAGCUAAGAGGCAGCGUUUCCUCAGUGAGCUGGCCCAGCUGGAGGAGAAUGUGCACCUGGCGCGGUCACAGGCUCGGGACAAGCUGGACAAGUACUUCCUGGAGCAGGCGGUGGAAGACAAUCUGGCUUGGGAGAGACACUCCUCUGAAGACCGGAUGAGCAGGGCCCCUGAGAUCCUGGUGAGGUUAAGGUCCCACACCAUCUGGGAGCGGAUGUCUGUGAGGCUCUGUUUCACGGUACAAGGUUUCCCCACGCCUGUGGUGCAAUGGUACAAAGACGGCAGUCUGAUCUGCCAGGCAGGGGAGCCAGGCAAGUACCGGAUCGAGAGCAGAUAUGGAGUGCACACUCUGGAGAUCAACAGGGCCAACUUUGAGGAUACAGCCACCUAUUCAGCAGUGGCAACUAAUCCCCACGGACAGGUGUCUACCAACGCUGCGGUGGUGGUGAGAAGGUACCGAGGAGAUGAGGAGCCCUUCUACUCUGUAGGACUCCCCAUUGGAUUGCCUCUUUCAUCUGUGAUCCCAUACACACAUUUUGAUGUCCAGUUUUUGGAGAAAUUCGGGGUAACCUUCAGAAGAGAGGGUGAGACAGUCACACUCAAGUGCACGCUGUUGGUGACGCCAGAUCUGAAGAGAGUACAGCCCCGAGCUGAGUGGUACCGGGAUGAUGUGCUGCUGAAAGAGUCCAAGUGGACCAAGAUGUUCUUUGGAGAAGGUCAGGCCUCCCUGUCCUUCAGCCACCUGAACAAGGAUGAUGAGGGGCUAUACACCUUGAGGAUCGUGUCCCGGGGUGGAGUCAGUGACCACAGUGCUUUCAUGUUUGUCAGAGAUGCUGACCCGCUGGUCACAGGGGCUCCUGGGGCACCCAUGGACCUGCAGUGCCAUGAUGCCAACCGAGACUAUGUUAUCGUGACUUGGAAACCACCCAAUACCACUACUGAGAGCCCCAUCAUUGGCUACUUCAUUGACAAAUGUGAGGUGGGGACUAACAACUGGGUUCAGUGUAACGAUGCCCCGGUAAAGAUCUGCAAGUACCCUGUCACCGGACUUUUCGAAGGAAGAUCGUAUGUGUUCCGAGUGAGGGCUGUCAAUAACGCCGGCAUUAGCAGGCCUUCCAGGAUCUCCGAUGCUGUGGCUGCCCUUGACCCUGUUGACCUCAGAAGGUUGCAAGCGAUUCAUUUGGAAGGAGAGAAAGAAAUCGUCAUCUACCAGGAUGACCUUGAAGGUGAUGUUCAGAUUCCAGGGCCUCCCACCAAUGUCCAGGCCUCAGAGGUCAGCAGAAACUAUGUUGUCCUCAGCUGGGAUCCUCCAUCUCCCCGUGGCAAGGAGCCCUUAAUGUACUUCAUUGAGAAGUCCGCAGUUGGGAGUGGCAGCUGGCAGCGGGUCAAUGCCCAGACGGCGGUGAGAUCUCCUCGGUAUGCUGUCUUUGACUUGGCUGAAGGGAAGUCCUACGUGUUCCGGGUUUUGUCAGCCAAUAAACACGGCCUGAGUGACCCAUCAGAGAUAACGCCACCUAUUCAGGCACAGGACAUGAUUGUGGUCCCCUCUGCUCCUGGCCGGGUGCUUGCCUCCAGGAACACAAAGACAUCUGUCGUGGUCCAGUGGGACAGACCAAAGCAUGAAGAAGACCUGCUGGGCUACUAUGUGGACUGCUGUGUGGCGGGAACAAACCUGUGGGAGCCAUGCAACCACAAACCCAUUGGAUAUAACAGGUUCGUGGUACACGGCUUAACCACCGGUGAGCAGUACAUCUUCCGUGUUAAGGCUGUCAAUGCCGUGGGGACCAGCGAGAACUCCCAGGAGUCAGAGGUCAUCAAGGUCCAGGCGGCCCUCACUGUCCCCUCUCAUCCCUAUGGGAUUACCCUUCUCAACUGUGACGGCCACUCCAUGACCCUGGGCUGGAAAGUGCCUAAGUUCAGCGGCGGCUCGGCCAUCAUAGGUUACUAUCUGGACAAGCGAGAAGUGCAUCACAAGAACUGGCACGAAGUCAACUCUUCGCCUGUCAAAGAGAGGAUCUUAACGGUGGAAGGUUUGACUGAAGGCUCCUUGUAUGAGUUCAAAAUUGCUGCUACCAACCUGGCUGGGAUCGGGCAGCCAUCGGAUCCCAGUGAGCACUUCAAGUGUGAGGCCUGGACAGCCCCAGAACCUGGUCCCGCCUAUGACCUGACGUUCUGCGAGGUCCGAGACACUUCUCUGGUCAUGCUGUGGAAAGCCCCGGUGUACUCGGGCAGCAGUCCUGUUUCUGGAUAUUUUGUGGAUUUUAAGGAAGAGGAUGCUGGGGAGUGGAAGACCACCAGCGAGGCAGCAACUCCAAAUCGUUACUUAAAGGUUUGUGACCUGCAGCAGGGUAAGACCUAUGUAUUCAGAGUUCGAGCAGUGAAUGCCAGUGGACCAGGAAAGCCAUCAGACACAUCGGAGCCUGUGCUUGUGGAGGCUCGGCCAGGCACAAAGGAGAUCAGCGCUGGUGUGGAUGAAGAGGGCAAUAUCUACCUUGGGUUUGACUGCCAGGAAAUGACAGACGCCUCGCAGUUCACCUGGUGCAAGGCCUAUGAGGAGAUCGCGGAUGAGGAGCGGUUUGAGGUUCACACAGAGGGUGAUCACUCAAAGCUUUACUUUAAGAAUCCAGAUAAAGAAGACAUAGGAACAUAUUCUGUAUCUGUAAGUGACACGGAUGGUGUAUCCUCCAGCUUCGUUCUGGAUGAGGAAGAACUUGAGCGUUUGAUGGCAUUGAGCAAUGAGAUAAAGAACCCCACAAUUCCCCUGAAGUCAGAAUUAGCUUAUGAGAUUUUCAAUAAGGGCCAGGUCCGAUUCUGGCUCCAAGCAGAGCACCUUUCACCUGAUGCCAGCUUCCGGUUCAUUAUUAAUGACAGAGAAGUUUCUGACAGUGAGACACACAGAAUUAAAUGUGACAGAUCGACAGGCAUGAUCGAGAUGGUCAUGGAUCGGUUUACUAUUGAAAAUGAAGGGACCUACACUGUGCAGAUUCAAGAUGGAAAAGCCAAGAAUCAGUCUUCGCUGGUGCUCAUUGGAGAUGCAUUCAGGGCUGUCCUAGAAGAGGCUGAAUUUCAAAGGAAGGAAUUUCUACGGAAACAAGGCCCUCAUUUUGCUGAAUAUUUGCACUGGGAUGUUACUGAAGAGUGUGAAGUUCGGCUCGUCUGUAAGGUUGCAAACACCAAGAGGGAAACUGUUUUCAAAUGGCUCAAGGAUGAUGUUCUUUAUGAAACUGAGACACUGCCAGACCUGGAGAAGGGGAUCUGUGAGCUCCUUAUACCGAAGUUGUCUAAGAAGGACCAUGGUGAAUACAAAGCAACCUUGAAAGAUGACAGAGGUCAAGAUGUAUCUGUUCUGGAAGUAGCUGGCAAAGUGUAUGAAGACAUGAUCCUGGCAAUGAGUCGUGUGUGUGGAGCCUCUGCCUCACCCCUGAAGGUUCUCUGCACUCCAGAGGGCAUCCGGCUUCAGUGCUUCAUGAAGUAUUUCACAGAGGAAAUGAAGGUCAGCUGGUAUCACAAAGAGGCUAAGAUCUCCUCCAGUGAGCACAUGCGGAUCGGAGGAAGUGAGGAGAUGGCCUGGCUGCAGAUCUGUGAGCCCACAGAGAAGGACAAGGGGAAAUACACGUUUGAGAUUUUCGAUGGCAAAGACAACCACCAACGCUCGCUGGACCUCUCUGGGCAAGCUUUUGAUGAAGCAUAUGCCGAGUUCCAGCAGCUCAAGGCUGCUGCGUUCGCAGAGAAGAAUCGUGGCAAGGUGAUUGGUGGCUUACCUGACGUGGUGACCAUAAUGGAAGGCAAGACCUUGAAUCUCACCUGCACAGUGUUUGGAAACCCCGACCCUGAGGUGGUUUGGUUUAAGAAUGACAAGGACAUUGAGCUCAGCGAGCACUUCUCGGUGAAGGUGGAGCAGUCCAAGUAUGUCAGCCUGACCAUCCAGGGGGUGACUGCCGAGGACUCCGGCAAGUACAGCAUCAACGUGAAGAAUAAAUACGGAGGAGAGAAGAUCGAUGUCACUGUCAGCGUAUACAAACACGGGGAGAAGAUCCCAGACAUCUCACCUCCCCAGCAGGCCAAACCCAAGCUCAUCCCAGCUUCCACCUCAUCUGAUUAAGGGGAUCCCGUCUGCCCCGGGCUGGAGAGAUGGGAGGGAGGUCUGGAGGUCUUAGAAUGUUGUAUGCUGUGCUGAGUGGAUGCCAGUUGGGCGUGAUGUCACGUGUGGCCAGAUGGGCGAUCGCACACUAGGCUUUUGAUCUUCCACUUUGUGAUGCAAAUUAUAUGUGUGGAGGAAAAGCAAAUGUUUCUGAAGCUAAGGCUGUAAGAUGUGUGUGAGGCCAAGAGAGGAUGGCAGUGGAGAGUUGAUUGAGAGAGGGCAGCUGGCACAUCCAGGGUUUUGGGCAUGUGGACUGGGACUCAGAUGAUCCUAGCAUGUGGUGGUCUGGAUAGUUACUACCAUCCUGAGGGGAGUGGUGGGGCCUGCAGGGCACAUCUCUGGAAACCCUUUGUGGAGCCUUUGAGCAUGCAGCUUGCUUAUCUUUUUGUUUUGCUUUAGGCUAAUUAAAAAAAAAAAAAACCAAAA